GUGUUAAACGUAAACCAUUUUAAAAGGCUAACUUUUUUGUACACCUGUGAGAAAAGAGCUCGCAUAAAGUUAAUAAAUAUUUGCAUAAAACUAUGCUAUGUUUGCAACCCCGGCCCCUCCUCGGAAAAAUAAAAAGGACAAUCGGGUUAUAGAUCCUUUAAACGCUUCACAAAAGGCUAAUUCGUUAGAGGAUUCUACUCUCGACAGCAGUAGUAAGACUAUAGUUAAUGAAAUCAUACUUUCGAAAGAAUCACUAACUUCAACUCACGAAAAUGAGUCUUCUGUAAAUAAAGGAGCAACACCCAGUAGUAAGGAAACGGCUAUCUUUCCUUCUUGCAAUUACAUCGAGCCUUCUUGGAGCUCUUUACCUAAAUACAACUUCAUCUUUGAAAUCAUAAAAAAUGGUGUUAUUAUCGAAAAUAUUGUGUUACACAACAGCAAUAAAACCUUCUUCACUUUUGGCCGUAUACCGAACUGUGAUUAUGUAUUAGAGCAUCCGUCCAUUUCUAGGUUUCACGCCGUAUUGCAAUACCGGGAUAACGGGGGUCUUUAUCUAUAUGACUUAGGAAGCACUCAUGGCACGCGUUUGAACAAGCAACACAUAGCGCCGCACAUGUACUACCGCCUUCGUUCUGGCUAUGUCGUUACUUUUGGGUUAUCUACUCGCAUUUUUGUUCUUCACGCUCCUGAAGACGUUCAAAUCCAAGAUGAAGAAGAACUUGAAUUAUUAAGAAAGAAACAAGUUUUACAUAAUAAUGAGAGAGAUGAUGAGGAAGAGCAAGCAAAUUCCUGUCUUUGGGGAUUUAGAGAGGAUGCUACUGAAGAAGAGUUCUUUCAACACGAAGAAAGUGAUAGUAAACUUACCGAUAACAGGAAGAGCAAAAAAUGGGAAAAGGAUCCUAAGAAAGCUUUAAUUAGUUACUUUGAAAGCGAAAAUUUAGACGUAAACUACAUCUUUGAAGAGGGAGGGACGAGGAGAGACAAAACUUUUAUCUGCAGAAUUAACCUCCCUGUGCACGUGGAAGGGGAGCAGUUGGUGGCAGUUGGUGAAGCUAAACGGAAAAAGGACGCCAUCUUUAACGCUUCCUACGACGCCUGUCGCCUUCUAAGUCGGAGAGGCAUGCUCAGCUCUGGAGGGCGACGGGCUAAAGAGACCGUAGCCGCCGGAUGGGGUGGCCCCGGUGACGAGGACGAUGACAACGAUGAUUAUUUGGACAGGACAGGCGACGUCGAACGAAAAAGGGCCCGAAGGGAGGGGACUAAAAGCGCCGCACGGGAAAUACACACUAAAGAGAAUCUGUUGGAGAAGAUAAAAAAGCUUCGAGAAGAGCAGAAGAGGCUCGUUGAUAAGCUCAUUGCGUUGCCCACCGUUAUAACAGCUGAAGAUGCUGAAGACGAACUGGAAAAGUACAUGAGUAGAAUCAAAAACAGUGUGAACGCCAAUAAGAGAAAAGCCAUUCAGAAGGAAUUGGAGGCCAUCUGCUUAAAGGUUGCCGAAGCGGAAUCUUUUCUGCAGCUUAUAAGGCCGGUUAAAAGAAACUACAUGUCGGUUGCCUACCAGCUGCAAAAUGAGCUUACACCACAUAAUAAUAACAAUAACAAUAGUAGUAGUGGUAAUAAAAGUAAUAACAGAAAUAAUGAAAUUGAUAUCAAUAGUAGCAUUGAUAGUAAUGAGAGUAAUAUUAUGAGCGUUAUAGAAAGUAAUACUACAAGCAACAGCGGUAGUUACAAAGCAAAUGGCAGCGAAGAAACUACUAAGCUGGAAGCCACGAAGAGUGGCGAGAACAAGAAAGAUAAGAAAAAGAAGACGAGCAAGCGCGUGUUUGUGGAGGAGCAAGUAUCCACGUGGAUGCCCCCUGCGGACCAAAAAGGAGACGGCAAAACCCACUUGAACGAAAAAUACGGCUACUGA